AUGUGGACCAUCUCCCCGUGCUGCGCGGAGAAGAACCCCGGUCGCCCGCACGCGCGCGCGUCCGCGGUUCGAUGCGCGCAGGUCAGGUCGUACAAGUACACGUCGCCGAACGACACGAUAUGCGAAGCCGCGUUCCUGCAUCCGAUGUGGAGGGAUCUCCUCGUGCCGAUGUGCCCGCGAUGGCUCGCGCCGAACCUCAUCACGUUCGCCGGUUUAAUCUGCGCGGUCAUCGCGUACGCGAUGAUGAUGCAUCACUCCCCGGACCUGAACGGCGACGCGGAGCCGUGGGUCUACGUCGCGUGCGUGGUCCUCCUGUUCAUCUAUCAAACCUGCGACGGGAUGGACGGGCAUCAGGCGCGACGCACCGGAGGCGGGUCCCCGCUCGGGGAGGUCGUCGACCACGGCGCGGACGCGCUCGUGUCCUGCAUCUACGGCGUAUUUCUGUGCGACACCUUCGGCGCGAGCUGGACGGAGAACCGUCUGUUCGUGAUCGGGAUGAUC